AAUCUUCAUAUGUUGACAGAUUCAUAUUCACUAAUGAUAGUGAGCUCAAUGUUGCAUUCUUAAUCAAGAACUUGAAGAAUGUGAUAAUGAAGAAAUUGUCUGUGUCAUGUGUGACUGAGUCUUUCAUGUCCUCUCUUGCCUCUUCUGUCACUUCUUUCUCUGCUGCUUCUCUCUCUGUCUCUUUCUCUGCUGCUCCUCAAUCUUCUACACUUGUCCCUGUGUCUGAUUCUCUCACUUCUGCUACUUCUGUUUCUGUGACCCCUGGUUUUGCUGUCUCUGCUUUCAUUACUAGCUCUCCCUGUUUCAAGAAGAUAUUGUAUAGGCUUAAUGAAUCAUGUCUCUCAAGAAUCAUCUCUCUUCUCAACAGUGUUGAGAUUGCAAAAGAUAUCUGUGUUUUCAGAAACAGGAAUGUGAAUGUUGUACUCUUUUACACCUAUGAGUAUGAGGCUU